ACUCCAGUCGGGAAGAACAACUGAUACCGGGACAGCAGGUCGAGUGGGAUUUUCACCAAGUAGCAGCUACUUGGUGAAAACCCUACUCGACCUGCCUGCUUGCUGCAAAAGGCUACUUAGUAGCCUUUGAACUGAACUGAUGAGGGGAUGAACGUCAAAAGCACCGUUAUCCCCGGUUAACAAAUCUAUCUGCGGCUGAUGUUUUAUAAUUGAUGUUUUAUAAUAAUAUGGAAAACAAUAUUAAUAAUGCAAAGCAAAUUAUAACAUUACCAAAAUCCGUCAGUGGGUGGUCGUUGUUUAGAGACAUAUACAUCUUAAUGGUAAACUCUGUUCACCAACAGGUGGUCCCAAUACUCCCAAUAGGUAUAAAAUAGUCAGUCUGAAUUCCAUUCCUUAAUAGUUCCCUGACUGCUGAUAAUAAGGACGUAUGUUAUGUGGCCAAAGCCGAAUUAACCGGCAAUGCGCUGAGUUGUUAAAAUAUUUAGCAAAUUAGCAUUAAUAAUAUGGUAUGUCAUAAUGUAUUAUGAUUAGUCAUAAUGUAACUUAACUUUAUGACUAAUCCAAAAUGGACUAGCUUCUGCCCGCGGCUUAGCACGCGUUAUUGUGAGAUAAAAAAGUGACCUAUGUGUUAUUCCAAUGCAUAAUCAAACUUAUUCCAAAUUUUAUCUCGAUCCCCUCAGCCGUUUUGACGUGACCGAGUAACAAACAAAUACACAAACUUUCACAUUUAUAUUAUUAGUAGGAUUUCAAAGAAUAAUUUAAUCAAGAUAGAACAAGAAUGCAUUUGACAUGGCCAUUAAAAAUUAACAAUAAAAAUUUAAUAUGCCUACCGAGAGACCGUAACUACCCAACCAACGAUUACGAUAACUAUAACUUACUUUAUGUUUACAGUCGUUAUUGAGAACCCCAAUAAUACAGUAACUAUCUAUAUCUAUAUGUGUAUAUCUAUACAUAUAAUAAAGCUGUAGAAGUGUUAAUUCGGUACAUUUAUGAUUUAUUAAAAAUAAUACUAACAGGGGCCUUAGUCUGCUAUAGCUAUGUAGGUUGUAUAGCUCCAUCCCUCUCGCACUGCUCAGUGAUCGACCAUUCUGACACAAUUGUAAUAGCAGACUAAGGCCCCAGGUCUGCAAGGCAGCUAAUGGCGAGCUGUUGGGCAGUGGUGACGCGUAAAAAUACUAAUAGUGUUACAAGGUAGUACACCAACCGUGCAGUCAAAAUGACUGAAGGCAUCGGGAUAAAGGAACAAAGGUAGAUUAUGAUCUGAAAUAACACAUAGGCUACAUUUUAUUCGGCUAGAAUGUUGUCAGAACUUCAAUAUCAAAGCAUCAGCAGAGUACCAAAGUGGUUAACCUUAACAAUGGUGAUCAUACAAACACAUAAUUAUGUACACUUAUCAAAUCUGAAUGACGUGCACGAUACCGAUUUGACCUUGGCGAUACACGAAUUAAAAAAUGUCUAAAAAUAAAUUAAGGUUUAAGUAAAAACAUAACAGGUUUUAUCCGUUUCAUUUCCUCUAACGACGAUACCAAAAUAUGGCUUAAUAUCUACCUUAGGACAUGAUUACUUUAAAUUAUAUUUGCUUGGCUUAUCAAUCUAUGGUUUGAUAUAAAGUUAUUAAUUUGUAUAUGUUAACAGAAAUGUGAGUAAUAAUCCAUCAUUGUUAUUCAAUUCCUAGGAAAAAGGUACGAAAGUACUAUAAUCGUAGAAACGUCUCAAAUAAAUCAUAUUACAGAUAUUUAUAAGAAAAUCAAGGAACAUUUCCUAAAUAGGAAACUUAGAAAACAUUUCCUAAAUAGGAAAAUAAAAUGUAAAAUAAUAAUGACCUCUAUCCAAUUGGUAAGUACCAAGAAUCGGAACGUUAUUAAGAUUUUAUUUAGCCAACUCUUAAUUUUCAACACCAUUCAAUAUUCUUAAUUUAAUUUUUACCCCUAACUCUGUUAUAGAUAUGAAACAAAAGGGUUUGGUUGGUAGAAUAGAUUGUUAAAAUCAUCAAAUAUAAAAACAUCCUAACGUACACAUACCUAUGUAUGUUAUAUGAUGGUGACUCUCAGAAUAAGAAAUCCUUGACAUUUAAUUUACUCUGUCAUGUAAAAAAUAUAAUGUAUGACACGAGUUCUGAGUUUAAACGUAGAUGGAUGGGAAGGAAGAGGAAGACCCAAGAAAAUAUAAAUAAACUGUACGUAAAGAAUAAGGAAUUUGUCAUACCUACUAAUAGAUUGAAACCCGGAGGAUAUAAGAAAACGGGUAUAUCGCGGCAGCCAUUCUGUAUGUUAAAGUCAAGCUAAAGUCAAGCCCAAUGCAAUUUUCUAAGGACGCAAUUUCUGUGUACCUAUACCAGAUUUUGAUUAUAGAAAUUAAUUUGUGUGAACUAUCAGCCAAAAAAGCUUAUCAGGCAGUGUUAGGAACUUACAGGAAGGUAGUGAAAGAAGUGGUGAAUCAUUCUGUAGACUUGAGAAUUACAAAUUGACAUAAUAUACCUAAAUCGAAAGAUCACCUAAUAGGUGAAAGCCUAUUGGUAAAAGUCUUAAAAUCAAUACUUACUUAUUCGUAUUUUAAAUGUUGUGAUUGGGUAUUAAUUUUAUUAUUCUUAUCUGAUUGACCACUAACGUUAGUUAUAUACAUGUAAUACAGAACCUUGUAUUCCAUGGUUAUACACCUAUUUAAAUUAAGGAGAGUGAGGACUAAGUUGUCCACAAGUUAUACGUAAAUAAACGGCAUUGAGGCCAAUAGUAUCACAAAGUACGUGAUCAAGUUAUAAAGUGCUCAUUUGAUGAAUUUGGGCACAAAAUAAUUUAUAUUUUUGGGCACGUUGACGCCUCGGCGCCGCACCGGCACUGGUGCUUAAACAAUAGAUAAUUCCGUGCCGGGAUUUAAAUCAAUGAAAUAUUUAUUAGAAGAUUAACAUUUGUCUUAUGUGUAUUGUAUUCGUCCUCGCAGGAGUAUUAUGAUAAAUAUCUACCUACGUAAAAAUAUUAAUUUAUACUAAGUAUGUAUGUAUAGGAAUGUAUAAGUUCAUUAACACCAUCAUCAUAGUGUUGAUAAUCAUUGCUAGGCCGAUUGUAUACUCCGCCGUAUUACAUUACGGUUACGGCUCGCCAUUUAGAAAAGCAGGGCUGGUUUGGUAUACGGCGGUUGAACGAUUAGCCGGAUUGACAAUGCGAAACGUUCUACAAUAUUAUGACAGGCCAUGUUUAGCCUCUUUGGAAUCUAAUUCUCUCUCUCUAAUUUACAAUGAAUGAUCUAGAAUAAUGAAUUAUAUUAAAUAAAAUAUUACGCCUAGAUGGCGACUACAAAAAAUUAUCAACAUAGUCGUCAUGGGUGUUGUUUUCGUGGUUUUCGAGGGUGGUAAAAUCGAUGGUGCUGUCAUCAGGUAAAUCCGAGAUGGCCGCUGCAUGAAUUUUCAAGUUCAUCGUUUUUACUACCCUCUAAAAAUGACACCAAACAAGAAAACAAUUUUAUUCGCGUGUUAAAACGAAUACGGGAUAAUGUCAAGAAUGUGAGAUGGUUAUUUCAGUUUAAAAACCGUUUAGAAAAUGACCAUGUUUGCGCGAUACUGCCCUGUAUGUUUGCAUUCCUGUAGUAAAAUAACCACAAAAAUGUAAACAAGACAGCAGCGCGACGUUCAAUAUACCUACACACAAACAACGAGUAGCAUUUGUAUUUUCGCAGAUUUUCAGAAUGCACGUCAAUCACAAGUGCAUCAAAAUUAGAACAGUAUACUGUUUAAUAACUGUGACGUUAAUAUUCGCGUUAUUAUAUUUAUAUAAUACUAGUUAUCUCAAGAAAACAGAAGUAGAAAUACCACGAGUUACAACCAUACGUCCUCCCAACGAAACAACAGAAACUUUCAAAAAUGUCGCACCGAAAACAACAACCAAAUAUAUUUUGCUUUGGACAGAUCCUAGUUUACAUCCCUUCGUUUAUUUCGGGGAAGGAAACAGCAUUUUUACUAAAGGAAAAUGUGGUUAUACUAACUGCUAUGUAACAAGUAACAAGGAGCUACUGCGGGAUUUAACUGAAUAUGACAUUGUCGCUUUCAAUGGGCCACAACUAGAUAUUGGAGACUUGCCGAGAGUACGAUCAUUUCAUCAAAAAUAUGUAUACGCUAAUAUUGAAGCAGCUGAUAAUUAUCCCAUUUGCACAGACGAUUGGAAUCACUUUUUUAAUUGGACUUGGACUUAUAAACUAAAUUCUGACGCUAUUUGGGGAUACAUUGUGGUAACGAAUUCAAGUAACCACAUUGUUGGACCAAGUCUGGAAGUGGAUUGGAUGAGUUUGGACGAUAUGGCCCCCAUUGACAUGGACUUGAAACAAAAACUAGCGACUAAAAGCAAAGCGGCUGCUUGGUUCGUGUCUAAUUGUAAUACAAUAAGUGAAAGAGAAGAGUAUGUGAAUGUACUUCAAACAUAUUUGGGUGACUUUAAUUUAAAAAUUGAUGUAUACGGAGCUUGUGGAACUUUUCAGUGUCCGAAAGAGAUCAUGAAUAAAUGUUUAGACGAAGUGGAAAAAAAGUACUAUUUCUUUUUAGCUUUUGAAAAUGCUAUAAGUGAGGAUUAUGUCACGGAAAAAGUUUUACUCGCCCUUAACCACUACGCCGUGCCCAUUGUUUAUGGUGGAGCUGAUUAUUCGAGAUUUUUACCACCGGGUUCGUAUUUAAAUGCCAAACAAUUAGGACCCUAUAAUUUAGCCAAAGAAAUGUUCGAUAUUAUAGAAAACCGCGAAAUCUAUUAUAGAUUCUUCAGAUGGCGGAAAUACUACAGUUUUGGUCGGAGAUUUGAAAAUCCAGACUCUAACGAAUAUUGCAAAUUCUGUGCCAUGGCCAACGAUGAAAAUCUUAUGAAAGAAACAAAAAUUUAUCAUAACUUCAGUUCUUGGUGGAACGCGAAAAUAUGUAACUUCGGAAAUAACUCUACUUCAAUGCGGAAAUAAACUCAGACCCAGAACGUAUCGAAUUGACAUACAUCCAGACACUUAGGAAAUAAAUCAGAAUAAAAACAAGCUUUUGUGAGGAAUGUAAAUAUCGUUGGAUUAUUACUUGUAAGUAAGAUUUAUUUAAACAAUU